GGCUGUUCCCUGCCACGUUUUAACGCUAAUUCCCUCAGCUUUAUCUGAAAACAUUAGCGACAACAAUGCUCUUUCUCUUAGCAUUACCCUGAUAGGAGAUAAACUUCUUUUGCAUCCACUUCCGUGUAUAGCGAUUACUGAUCUUGGGCAACGCUUCGUCGGUACAAAAUAGUUUUACUUUCCGUCUGGUUUGCUUAAUCGCUAUUGUCACCCGCUUGCACCGGUGGUCAAUCGAUAGUUUGAGCCAGUGGUCUAAAACUCUCUCCCCCCACUGUGGGAAGCCUAAAUAGACCUCGUGUGGCCACCUCAUCGAUGAGGUCAGGGUUCAGAGAUUGAUCAGAGGUCAUCACCAUGAAUUUCUCCAGUGGCGUAUGGCGUUUCCAACCACUGAAGCAAAAGGCACGGCCAGGAAAGAAAUGGUAACAAUAAAGGGCUCAAAGCCCCUGUGUGUGUGUGUGCUGUGCAGUACAUGUACUACGCACGAAAAUAAACUCUCCAAACAUCAAAGGCAUUGUUGCGUGUGCAUUCACUAGAGGAAAUAGGCCGAUAUGAAACAACAAAGAAAGCCAGAUUACUGGGAAUAAUUACACGGACGUGCCAUAAACAGCGUACAUUCUAUUUACUGAAAGACUCAUCGAAAUAGGAAACGUUGGCUUGCUGGUGUGUAUGUUCCCCGCUGUGUUUUUAUCAGGAUCUGAAACCAAAUCGCUGUUUUCGGUCCUUUGAGAAAUCGAUAUGUCUUGUUAGGCCCUCAGUCCAUUUUCGUCGUUUAUUGUAAAGGACUUGUGUCUACAAAGCGCAGCGAUAUUUCUCCUUAAUAUGUAUGGCUGAUUUUGCUCUGUGGCGAUAGUGUGGUGUAUGACAAAUAAUUUUCAAAGGUUUGACGAGAGCCAUUUGGCCCUUUAAAACACGACAGUUGACAUUUAUUUCAGUAUCGCUGCAUAAUUGAACAGUAGACUGUCUACGUUCAGGAUACAGGAUUCAGCUUUUGAGUGUGGUAUAAUGGUAUAAUGCUAAUAGAUUUUGAGCGCAGAAAGCAUCACUAUCUUCACGAAUUUCAUUUUAAGGACGCGUUUAUUUGUAGUCAGAAGAUAAAAAUAGUGCCAUUCAUCGGACAGGUGAAUGAACAGUUUCGUUUUGUGAUGAGGAUUUUCGUCACGCAAGUAGUCCCUGGAGACUAAGACAGAAUGACGUCAAUCCAGCAAUCUCCGGCCAGUUUUCAUCUUUCAUCCAUCGGUUUCGGCGAUCAUUAUGACGGGCGUUCCCCAAACAGUAGCGUAAACGGCGUAUUGUACAAAAAAAUCACUCCGAGAAAGAAAAUUGACAAGUUCGGGUUAGACCAGACGGACUACACGUCGUUCGUUCUGUCCAGCACCGUUUUCCCGACAGCCGUCCGUACAACUCUGUUGGGGGACAUGCAGGUGGCCGGCCCCCACACAUGUGGAUUUGACAUCGUGGAAAGACCAAAACCUGACGACUCCGUGUCUGUCAAAAGUGCGUCUGUCUUCCCCGUGCCUCCACCAACAACGGUGGAUGAGUCACGCCAGGAGAGUCUCCAGUCGUAUCCAGUUGUCUCCUUUAUCCACACUUCCGGGGCGGCUCCACCCGCUCGGGAGCGACAUCUCAGCACCACGAGUAAGGUCACGGUCAACAGUAAGUCACUCAGCGAGCCUCUGCGCGAGGAUGAAAACUCGCUGAGUGGUGGUCCCAACAACAAUGAUGAAGCUGACGAUGGAGGACCCUAUCAGAGCCAAACUGCGUCGGAGACCGACGCUAUGUGUCAUGGGAGACGGGAUGUCCGGACCUCGUGCGACAGUGGGGAUGGUCGUGACGGACUAGAACCAAAGAGGGAAAGUUUGGCGAGGAUAAGAGACAGGUUGGAGAGAGAGAAGAGAAGCAGGUCGUUACCCUCUAGCAAGAUGGCUGCGUCUUCAAAGGCUGUGCCAAAAGUCAAUAGUUUCACCACGAUCGAAGGCGUACGUCUCAUCAAGUACCACUGGGUGAGUCGAGACACGCGAGACGCUGAUGAGGCCAAGAACUCUACGGACAUCCGUGACACCAUGUAUCUGAACACGUUUUUCCCGGACGAGCGGCCCGUCAGGUUCAACAAAAUGUCCCUACCGAGGAUAAAUCGGGGCAACAGAUCUCGGCCGUGGACAGUGAGUGAGGCGAAUAUCAGCGCCAGAGCAGCGGCUAUGACCUUGGGAAGAAAGCCAGGUCUAUCAUCCCGUACCCGCUACAUAGGGACCGCCAAGAGCUCUGUGCUCGCUCGCUCCCAGCCUCGGCUCCCAGUGUCCUCCGCCACCUCGUCGACCGACGUGCUUCCCCCGAAGAGCAUCCUCAACACACGCCGCCACGGACACCAGAAGAAUAACAAGGAGGGGAUGGACAACGACAACGAUAACGACAACGACGAGGACAAGCCCUUGCUGGAGAUCCGCCCCUUCGUUUCCAUGAGCAAUUUCGACGACCAAAGAGAUAAGCUUAAAGGAAAAGACGGCUGUCUCAACUCGAGAGUCAAGCAGUGUGUCCGGUUUGUGAGGUACAGGGAGCGGUUAGACAAACAGGACGAUGACCGACCCAUGAAGUACGAGUCUGGAAGGUACAGACCUUUCUCCAAUACUAACAUCCGGGAACACGACGUCCCAAACCCUCCACCAACCCCAGAGGCGAAGCUUCAGAAAUCCGUGGAAACCUACAGGAAGUACAUAGAGAACAUUGCUAUUCAAACAAAAAUGUCGUCACCGAAACCUUUCACCUUCAGGGGGGUCAGCUCGGUAAACACUCGCCAACAUUCGUCAUUAACGGCAUCCACUUCGGGGGUGGACACAGAUUCUAUGGUGGUUCAGUCUGUCAUGGAUUCCAACCUCCCAGACACAUCUGGGGCACCGUCAAGAACGUCCAUGACGUCACCGCGUCCACAAAACUCGGCCAUCUACACGAAGGACGUCAGCCAGGUGAGUCGCGCGCUGGACAUCAAACGUCUGUCGCCCAAAAAGAGCAUUAACCGGGUGGUGGCGGGCACGAGGGGCGUGCAGCAGAGAGACAGCCCCGCCCGCUGUGCUUCAGACAGCAGUGAUGAGGGUGUGGACGUUGGGGAGACCACGCCCACUAAUGCCACAAACGCCAUUGUCGUUCCCAUGAUGCCUCCUAAGUCGGAGUGCGCGUCCGAGUACUCCAUGAACAAAGAAGACUGAAACUGAGCCUAAAAAACACCUGGACAUAGAUGGCUGGUGCCUCUAUAAAUAAAUUAUUGAUGGUCAGGUUAAGACUGAGACUGAGCCUAAAACAACACCUGAACCUAGCAGGCUGUUGCCUCUAUAAAUAAGUUAUUUAUGGUUUGGUCAGGAGUAAGACUGAACACCAGACCAGAGAGUCCAUGGGAACAGAGAAAAAACUGCGAAAGGAGCAAGCUCUGCACAUAUUAUGUCACGAUUUGUUAAACACUUAACCCGGCGUAGAAACACAGGCUUCUUUGAAAUAGUAAAUCCCAAGCACCUGUCUUGUGGCAGUUUUGAUUUACUUUAUGGACACUCGAUGCAUACUGUGCUUUAUUUUAUCACUAUAACGUUGUCCACAGAGAGUAAUAUCUAGCAUUAUGAGUACAGAUCUUAUUUUUAUAUAUUUACUUUACUCUCCAUCAAUGUGGCGGCUCAUAAUGGACACCGUCAUGCACUCAUGUCUGUUUUUGUACAACCUGCUCCUAGUCUUAAUAAGUAUCUAAUUUUGAGAGCUGGGAAGCUCUGCCCCUUAGAUACCCUGAUACAAUAAUAUUAUUUGUAAUAUUGUACAACUCCUGGUUUCAUGAUCUGGGACGUUUGUCUUUCAUAUAAAGACGCCAUAGUUCUCAUUCCAUUCUCGCGUGCCUUAGAUUAAUUUAUUGAACAAGUAUUAUUUCUCUGAAGCCUUUUCUUUUUGGAAAUGAGUAAAUGUGCAAACGUUCUUGUUGUUUAUUUAUUUGUUCAUUUAUUCAUUUACUCAUUGUUUAAUGUAUGUUUUUUAUUUUUUUAAAUUUCUUCAUUCAUUUAUGCAUUUAUUUCUUCAUUUAUUUUUUUCUUUUAUUUAUUGAGGGAGCUAAAGAGGGUGGAAUUUGUUACAGUUUUUAAUCUCCGUUUUUUUUUCUGGUUCGUAAAACGGGGGAGGGGAGGGUAUAAAAGUUUUAAAUGUUAAACUGGCAAUGCAAAGAAAUUGAUAUGGUACCCUCUGCAAGGUGCCAAACAAGCAAUACUGUCCGUUCGGAUUAGAGUUGUAGCUCGGAGAUGUUAUGUCUUGAACGAAAAAAAUGAAUCAAAUCAUAAGGGGAUGGAAAAUGAUCAACGAUUAUGAACUUUAAUGUCAUGUUUAUGUCUACACAGAUGAGAAAGUUUACUCUUGUUACUCUUGAAUUUCUACAUGCGUUAUAGGAUGCUUUUGUUGUCUUUGUACCUGUAAGUUCUUCUUCCGAGGCGUGUGUUUGAUGAUUUAAUGGACGCUUGUGCUGUUUUUUUGUUAUAUCUCUUUUAACUUUUGUAAAGAGCAAAGUUGUUGUUGUCUUUCCCUUAAAACAAUGCACUUAAAAAUACUUGCGUUUGCACGAUAAGUCUUAGGUCCCUUGGAUAAUUACACUGGAAAACCCGCUUUGUGUAUUUAAUCAUCAACGAGCAAAUGGAAGCACAUUGAUUUACAUAGUCUAAGACAUUUUUAUUCUGUUGAAGACUUUUCGCUAUACAUGUCUCUUUUUUAAAUAAAUGCAAUACAUUUCGAC